AUGAAUUUGAGACUUCUAUCUUGGAAUGUGAGAGGAUUUAACAAUCCUCAUAAGAGAGAUACUGUGAAGAACUUACUUAAAGAAUGGAAGUGUGAGGUUGUGUGUUUUCAGGAAAUCAAACUGGACUGUACGAAUUCUGCUACUGUGAAAAGUCUUUGGGGCAGCUCUUUUGUGGAUUGGGUGGCUUUAGAUGCCAUUCACAUAGCAGGAGGAGGAGUUUAUGGCCCAAAUGAUGCCGGUUUGAGGGAUGCUUUUUGGGCAGAGCUUGAUAGUGUGAGAGCGAGGUGGAGUUCUGCGUGGUGUGUUUUGGGUGGUUUCAAUAUUAUUAGAUACCCGGCAGAGCAUCUUGGGUGUAAUUUGUUUAGUCUUGCCAUGUUCAAUUUUUCGAACUUUAUUGAGAGGAAUUUUUUGGUUGAUCUUCCUUUGGUUGGGGGUGAGUAUACAUGGUUUAGAGAUUCAGCGAACCCUGCUAUAUCUCACAUAGAUAGAGUUUUGGUUUCAGCUGAUUGGGAGGAACACUUCUUGGAUGUAAUUCAAAGGCCUCUUCCUUGGGUGGUUUCCGAUCAUUGUCCUAUUCUAGUGGAGGCAGGAGGCUUGGCGAGGGGGAAAAGUCCCUUUAGAUUUGAGAACAUGUGGCUAAAAGUGGAGGGUUUUGUGGAUCGAGUUAGGGGCUGGUGGAACGGAAUGCAAGCGCUGACUAUGGCAGAUAAAGCAAGAAAAAUUGAGAUUAAGGCGGAGAUCGAAUCUUUAGCUUCUUUGGAGGAGAUUUCUUGGAGGCAGAAAUCAAGGGAUUUGUUCUUAAAGGAGGGGGACAAUAACACUAGGUUUUUCCACAAGCUGGCUAAUUCACAUAGACGAGCCAAUGCCACGAGGGGUGUGGAGGUUGAUGGCAUUAUGACAUUAUGUAUGAAAAUGAAUCAGAUAUUCAAGAUCAGACUUUCUCUUGAAAGGGAGUUUGAUAGGGAGGAGAUCAUUGCUGCUCUUCAGGAGGCUGAGGGUGAUAAGGCUUUUGGUCCUGAUGGCUUUACCAUAGCUUUCUUCCAAAAGUGUUGGGGUGUGUUAGAAGAGGAUGUUAUGGCUUUUUUUGCAGACUUUCAUAGCCAAUGCAUCUUUGAGAAAUCUUUGAAUGCUACUUUUCUUUGUUUGAUACCUAAGAAGUUUAAAGCUGUUAAUAUUAAAGAUUUUCGGCCCAUUAGCCUUGUGGGAAGAAAUGAAUGUUUGGAGAGUAGAUUGAAGAGUGGUGUUCCGGGUGUGAUCAUUAAGUUGGAUAUGGAGAAGGCUUAUGAUCAUGUGUUGAGCAGCUUAUUGAGGAGGACAGAAGAGGGUGACUUUCUUAGGGGGUUUCAGGCAAGCCCCAGUGCAAGAGGAGGCUUAAGAGUAAAUGUUGGCAAGAGUGAAAUUGUGCCAGUUGGUGAGGUUGGGAAUUUGGGUGCUUUGGCUUGCAUUCUAUGUUGUAAGAACCCUAUUUUAGAGAGGGUGGAGAAAAAGCUUGCUGGUUGGAAGUGGUUGUAUUUGUCAAAAGGAGAUAGGCUUACUUUAUUGAAGAGUACUUUGUCGAGUCUCCCAACUUAUUAUCUAUUGCUGUUUACAAUUCCGCAACACAUAGCAAACAGACUAGAGAGGAUUCAGAGGAAUUUCCUGUGGGGGAGUUCUGAUGAUGUUUUCAGAUAUCUGCUUGUUGCUUGGGAUAAGGUUGUUUGGCCGGUGGAGAUAGGGGGUUUGGGGAUUCGGAAGAUUGGGCUUUUUAAUCAAGCUCUACUUGGGAAAUGGCUUUGGCGAUUUGGGAAGGAAGUUACUCAUUUAUGGCGUCAGGUAAUAGCCACCAAAUAUGGAGAGGAUAGUGGAGGUUGGUGCACUAGAGUUGUGAGAGGGACUCAUGGUUGUGGGUUAUGGACGAAUAUCAGGAAAGGUGCAGACAAUUUUUUCAGUCAUGUGGUGUAUGAAGCGGGAGAGGGCAAUCGUAUUCGGUUUUGGCAUGACCCUUGGAGUGGUCCUACUCCUUUGAAGGAAUUAUACCCGGAAUUGUUUGCAUGUGCUGUGGUUCAGGAAGCUCUGAUUUCUGACAUGUUAAUCUUUGCACCAGACGAGGGAGGUAGGAGUUGGAACUUCCAUUUCUGA